CGUACACCUGCCAUGUAACCGUUGUUUACAUCCUUCUUGGGGCUGAGACGGAGGCAGUUUAACAUUUAUUUUUUUGCUCAUCUCUGUGCCUCGAGAUGACACCCACGGCAGACACCACCACCUGCUACAUCUGCAACGACAAGCGGAGGACAGCCAACACUGAUGCCUCCACCACCCCCACAGGACCCCACGCCGACUCCGCGACCCUGAAGCAGACCCUAAUCCGCGCACUCUCCCAUGGGCACGCGGAGGACUUAGCGAGUGGAGGGGAAGAGGAUUUUGGGCUGACAAGCGGUGUGUGCGUGGUGUCCCUCAGCUCAAGAUACGAUGGAGGGUUGGAGGCCGUGAGUGACAGGGUGGCGGGGGACCAAGUUGUUAUAUGUCGCCGGUGCACGGGACUGCUUAAGGACUUUGAACACCACGAGCAGAUGGCAGCGAGGAAGGCUGAGGAGAUCAGACGUUUUUUGAUGCGGCAGAUGCAGUUUGAGGAGGAGGAGGAGGACAGUGGAGGAUCGACAUCACUCUCCCAUUCGCUGCAAGACUCCAUUAAGAAGACCAUGGCGAGGAGUCAAGAUGAACGGCAGGGUAUCAUCGCGGCCUUCAGGGCAUUCAGGAAGUCUGGGAUGAGGGAGGCGAGAGGGAAAGGAAGGAAGCGGAAAAAAGAAUUGCUUUCCUCGGAUACGAAUAAUGAGGAGAAGGACAAUGUUGAUGAUGACGAUGAUGUGGGAGAUGAGGAUGAGAUGGAGGAAAUUAUACAGGAGGAGAAUGUUAAGGAGGAGGAGGAAAGACGGAAACAGGAAAUCGCCUCUGCACGUCACAGCGAGAGGAUUCAGAGGAGGAGAGAGGACGGCUUGGUCAUGCGCUGGGGAGACACUUUGUUCGAGAAUGAAGACGAUAUGAAGCUACUGGAAGAUGAGGACUUGUUUGACUACUCCCCUAGUAUCUUGCUGAAGGAUAGAUCGUAUGCGAGACGAGGAAGGGGCAAAAAACUCACCCGUGUUGUGCGAUCUGCCGUGCCGUCCGCCAAGCCUGAAGAGGACACGGAGUUCAAGUUUCAAUGCCCCUUUUGCUUCCGAUACUACACUCCCAUGAGCUCACGCAUACACAACUGCACCUCCUACAAGAACCAGCUGAGGUGCCAAGUGUGUAACAUCUUCUUCACCUCCUACGUCAGGCUGGAGAAGCAUUUAGAAGUGAUUCACAUGCAGCAGAAACAACUGACCUGCACCACGGACGGCUGCAGCUUCAUGUGCAUCGCUGAACCGACACUCACCAUACACAAACACUUCCAUGUCCUCGAGUCCUUCACCGGGGAGGGGGAUGACAAGGAGGCGAGAGGGAUGAGGAAGGCCGAGUUUAACCAGCGGAGGAGGGAGUCCGUGCAGGGGAGAGGGAGACACGAGGAGGUUACACUUGAGGAUGACGAGGAAGGUGUCAUGAGUUCGCCGGAGAUCGCCGACCGCGUUUCCUUCCUGAUUGACGAGAAGAGCUUCCUAUCCGACGGCCACCCGCUUAACAUCACCAUGGACAGGAUCUCUAAGGAUGAGGAGGAGGAUCAUAAGGUGUUACGAUUCCAAGGCAAUGACAGAAACCAGGCAAAACAUCUCUCUCCGAAUUUGAGGCUAGAAUCAGGUGCGUUAACCCCUGAGAAAGAUGAACGGAAGUCACCCAAGGGCAGUAAUUUAGUCUUGCAGUGCCCGAUAUGCGACAUUACUCUCGUGUCCACCAGGAGUUACCAGGAGCACAUACGGGACAUUCACAACUUGCGGGUGACGACCAAGAUAGCGGGUGAGGACUCCUUCAGCAGAGAGUCGCCGCAGAAGGGCUCAAGUUCAGAGUCCCUGAUGAGGAUAGUCAAGUAUUAUAAUGUAAAAAAAAACUCCAACGUAACUCUGAGGGUCAUGGAGUGA